UCUUAAAGCCUCAAAAGCAAAGUCCUGUCUGUCAAAACUCUGAGUGGGAAGCCUUUGAAAGCGCUCUUCUAUCUCUCUCCGAUUAUCAGAUGGAAAACAUUAAACCCUUAAUUGAAAUUACGAGAACGAAAUUAAAGCAAGCAUCGCUUUUAUGGGCGGAUGGUUUUAGAGAAGCCUGUUGCCUUCAUAGAGUUAUCGUUCUCUGCCACAGGUCGAGACAGCUUUUGAUUAGAACCGGACAGUGUUUUCUUUUAAAUGGCUUCAUUUUCUUAGGAAGUUUGUUUGUCCUAAACUCGGUUGUUAUCCCAAUACUACAAUGGAUAUUGCCUGACGAGUUCUCGCAGAUCGGUUGUGAAGAAAUGUCUGAAUUCCAUGGUGUCUUAAAAUUUUACUCCUUACGUGGUUUUCUAAUACAACUAUUUUAUGUAUUUUGGUUCUAUCCCUUGUACGUCUUCAGCUUUAUUCUGAGCAAUCUCUGGUACAAUGACAUUGCUAAGCAUGGUUUUGCUGCAAUGGGGAGAUCUGGGCCUUCUGUGGUGGAAUCCUCAAAACAAAAUGAUGCAUUGACCUCACACAGCAAAGUGCAUGCGGCAAGGCCUGCUGGCCUUGGAGGGAUCAUGAUUGGAAUAGGGGAGCAGGUAUAUUCAGUGCUUCUUUUGAAUUUCUUUUUCUUAGAGGUUUAUGCCACAGGAUUUAUACCCUAUGUUGGAAAGGCACUCAAUUUCCUACUUCUUUCUUGGAUGUAUGCGUACUACUGUUUCGAGUACAAAUGGAACUUCUCCGAAUUGGGUCUGGACAAAAGGCUGGACUUCUUUGAAACUAAUUGGGCUUUCUUUGCUGGUUUUGGAAGCCCUUGUGUUCUGGCAAUUUUCUUUUUCUCACCUCUCGUGAGCUAUGGUGUGAUGGCCAUACUCUUUCCUCUGUUUGUUCUUACUGCAACAGGCACAGAUGCAGAGCAAGUUAUUUCAACUCAAAGAAGAAGAUGGAGUUGUGCAGGCUUAGGGAAGCUUCCGGUAUUUUAUGUAGUCGAUACUUUACUGAUGCGGGUCUUGUCCCUCUUCUCAUUGGAAUCUCAAGAACAAGUUCAAGACAACAAGACACUAUAACAAUUUCUGGCUUAUGCUCUCCCAACUUGUUGACAGUUGUAAAUAUUUGACUGGCAGUUGUCCUAAAAUUUGCACAACACUGCCAUGGCUCUCAGCAUUUCUCUUUUUUUUUUUUUUUUUUUUUACUUCUGUAUAAUAGAAGUGCAGAAAUGUAUAAUAUAAUGGUUACUGCCCCUUUCUAAGAUUAUCAGAAAUGUGUACAGUAAUUUGAAUCAUACUUAUAAAAUAUAUAGUAACUCUUAAUUAUAU